AUGAGACGAUUUGAUGUUUUACCUAUUACUUCUGAGUUUAGUGAGAAGCAAAAUAUAAGAAUAACAGCUUUAUGUUACAUACCAUAUGGCUAUAUUUAUUUAGGUACAGAUUCUGGUGAUAUUUUACUAUAUAAAUAUGAUGAGAUAAAACAAAAUGGAUCUGAUACCUUGUAUUCUACUGUGCAACCUUGGAGUGGGAAAUGUGUUAAUUCUAGAUGCAUAUCAAGAAGGAAAAGUAUUGAUAAGAUCUUUCCAAUCACUUUACUAGAACCGAACUAUUCUGAAUAUAUAAGUGAACCUGAAUAUAACAACAUUAUUGGUGAGAAAGGGAUUUUAGGAGUUGUGAUGUGUUUGUGUGGAGGUUCUUUAUACUAUCUAGACUAUACCUUAAAAGGUCCUAUUUCAAUACUUUAUAAAGGAGGAAUUACUUGUAUCUCCCAAUGGAAAGAUACAAAUAAUUUAGGUUAUUCUGAGACUAAAUUUUGUUUUUGUUCCAAAAGAGUAAUAUAUUUCUAUAAUACUAUAAUUUCAAGGAAUUUGGCAGAAAAGGACAGAAGUACUACUAACACAUUGCAAGAUAAUAAUGAAUCAACAUAUUCAGGUGGAAUAAACCCUUGGUUUUUAUUUGCUUCAGUACAAUCUAAUAAAAAUAGUAAAACAGAAGAUGAUACAAAUAAUUCUAAAUAUUUAACUCAUGCUGAAUUUGUUUGUGAAAGGGAGCAACAUAUUUCAGCUGAAUCUUUGAAUAUCUCUGAUCCAGUCACAAAUAUAGAAUGGUGCAAUAAUUGGUGUUGCUUUUCUAUUUCUAAUAUAUAUUAUAUACUAAAUAUAAAUGAUGAAAUAUUACAUGAUAUCUUACAUUUGGAUAAUUUAUCAACUAAGAUGAAUCAACAAAUUGUAGUUUUACCUAAUUUUGAACUGAUGUUAGUAUGUCAGGAUAAUUUAGGUGCAUUUUUUGAUUUUUUAACUCAACAACCAUGUCCAAAACCUAUGAUUCAAUGGCCAACUGAGCAUUUAACAAAUAUUGUUUUAUCAGCUCCAUAUAUAUUGGGAGGAACAAGAUAUGGAACUAUUUAUGUUUAUUCACUUGCUAAUUACUCAAAUGAGCAAAUAAAACCUGUACAAACUUUGGAGCUUGAUGGUGAGAUAACAUGUAUGAAUAAUGGAAGUUCUCAACAAGUUUCUCAGUUAAAUCCACCUACAAUGAUAACAGCAGUAACUGGUCCAAUGAUUAUUGUUUCUACUACAGCAACAAUUUAUGCACUUGUUCAAAUUCCAUUCGAGGAAUCAGUUCAGGAAUUGGUUAAUAAGAAUCAAGGUAAUCAAGCUUUAAGCUUUUUAAGGACAUAUUGUUCAUCUGAUGACUUGCUCUACUCGAGUUUAAAAUUUAAGAUUCAGUGUUUAGCUGGAUGGAAUGAAUUUAAGAAUUUGAGAUUUAAAGAAGCCUUUAAAUGGUUUGAAGAGGCACACAUGGACCCAAGAGUUUUGAUCACUUUAUUUUGGAGGAAUUUAAUUCCAAAAAAGUGGUUAGUUUUGCAUUCUGAAUCUCAGAAACAAGCAAAAGAUGAUGAUAUAUUGUAUGAAUAUGCUCGAAUUUCAUGGUUAAAUAAUAAGAGUAAUGUAAUAGAGGAUAUUUCACCAUCUAUAAGGUUUCAGAAAUCUUUAAUAAGAUCUUUAAUAAACAAUGAACGAUCAAUACCUUGGGAUAUUAAAGCUUUUAUAGAAUAUAGUAUAUCAUUGAAUAAUAAACGACACUCAAAGAGCGAAAAGUAUAGUACAAAAAGUAUUUUGAAAAUUGAAGAUCAUUUUCAAGAUACAAGUAAUUUUCCAAACAAGAAAUUAAGCAAAGAGAGUUUUGAUACAAAGAAUAAAUUGAACUAUUUGUCAGAUAAAGAAAGUAUUAAUGAUAUAGUCGAAAUUGCGAAUAGUUUUUUAAGAUCAUUUUUGUUUAGAGAGAGAAGGCGUUACUUAGUAUAUAUGUCUUCAGGAUCAAAACCAUACAGUAGUUUUACUAAACAAACUAAUAUAUUGAAUAAGCAAAGUGGGUACACUAUUGGAAGAAUGAUGGAUAUAGUAUUUUUAAAUUUACUAGUGAAUUCAUCAAAUGAAGAGGAGUAUGAGGAUAAUAAGGAGAUAUUGUUAAGCAUAUUGAGUGAAAAUUAUGGGACUGAUGGGUUAGAAUUACAGGGGCAACUUAUAUUAUCAGAAUGCCUUACUGAGGAUUGUGAGGAUUUUCUUAUUAAAAAUAAUCGUGAAGAUAUUUUGGCUAUUAUACUUGCAAAUCAAUCAUCAUAUUUUAAAGCUUUGGAGAUGCUUGAAUCAAAAGUAACUUCACCAUCUGCAAACUCUGUAUUUAAUAUACUAGAAAAUGGAAAUAAACUUAACAAAUUACUGAAUAUUUACCAAUUAAUAUAUAGUAUUUUAUUAAAUAUGUGUAGAUCAGAAACAACACCUGUUCAUGUUCAGGCUAAUUUACUCAAAAGAUAUUCUAUAUAUAUAUUACAAGAACCUUAUCUCGAUAUUGUCAGACUUUUUACUUUGAAACCAAUUACUCAAUAUCCUCUAAGUGUUGAUGAAAUUCUCGAUAUAUUUAGUAAUUGUACAACUGAUAUUUCUCUUAAAUUGACUAGAGUGUUCUUGGAAUAUAUAAUUAAAAUGAAUCCUAAUUUAGAUUUAAAACACAAGCUAACUCUUAUAAACAUAUACAUAGAUGAAUCUAUAACAAAUGAAAGUAAAAUAAAUAAAUUAAAAGUCAAUUAUAACGUAAAAAAAAAUUUAUCUUCACUUGAUAAUAAUAAACAAAAUGAUCAUUCCAAUUCUCCAAAUAUUAGCACAAUGGUAUAUAACAGCUUUUCAUCUCCAAUCGGUGAUAAUUCUGAUGAAUAUCCAAAACUCAUUACAAAGAACUUUGGUAACUACGAACAUUUACUUUUAACUAAUUUUGUUCCAUCUCAAUUAUUGCUAAUGCUCGAAAAUACUCCAAAUUUAGAUGAUAAUGUAUUACCUUUGGAAAAGUUUAUUUGCAAAGAUUCAGGGCAAAUAUAUCAAUCGCUUGUGUUGGAAUAUAUAACUAUUCUAUUUCGUUCAAAUAAGCAUUUAUCUGCUAUUGAGUAUAUUAUUGAAAUAUUGGGAAACUUCCAACUAGCUGAAAUAUAUUCUUUAGCAUGGAAUUUUCAUGAGAAAUAUGCUUUAGCAAAUUUAGAAUAUUUUAAGGACAUUUAUAGUGGCUUUAAUUUAAAUGAAAAUUCCAUACAAUCUGAAAAAAUAGGUUAUCUAAAGGGAAGAUACAGGCAUAUUUACUUUUUCAGCAAAUUUAAAAUGUGGCAGAGUUUGAUAUCUCAAAAUCUACAUGGAAAUUACUUUAGUUGUAAUACAAGCUUUAUAAAUGAUGCUAAUAUAAAUCAAUGGAUUGAUUUAUUAAAUUUGUCAUCUAAUGAGCUUUCUCUUGUUGGAAAAUUUGAAAGAAAUAAUUCAAAUAUUUAUAUAGAAGAUGAAAUAAUAAAGAUACUAACUUCAGAUAGUAAACAUAAUUUCAAUAUGGCUACAUACAUUGAAACAAAUGGUUUAAAAGUUUUAGUAGAAGUAUUGGUCAGACUUUGGAAAAAGUGUAAUUUAGAAUCUAAAUUUAGUGAAUGCAAGAAGCUUCAGUAUUAUACUAUUCAUAUUUUGAAUAAAUAUCCCAACUCUUCAGAUUUACAUAUUUCUAAUAUUUUGCCAAUACUACCAGAUGAAUGGCCUAUUAUGAAACUUAUCAACUACUUAAAAGGUAGUCUAUCAUCUUCAAUGAAUAUAAAUACUACGAAGUCAAUAUCUAUGAACCUUUCAGCUAUAUCAUAUUUACGUUGUUUUGAAGAAUGGGCAUCAAAGAAAUCGAAGCAUAUUACACUGACACAAGAUAUGAUAUGUCCUGUUUGUUCACUUAAGUUUGGUAGCAAACAAUGUGCUGUUUAUCCCAAUGGUAGUUGCAUACAUGCACAUUGCUUAGGUAAUGAAAACAGUAAAAAAGUUUAA